AUGUCUUUUGACUUCACAUUCCCUUCAUGCGAGCCCGUCACACCACCGAGCUUCACUUUUGAACCGUCUCUACUUGAAUUUUCUUAUCAUCCCGGACAUGCUCGCUCAAGCUCGUAUGGAUCUUUUUGUUCUACUACCGAGACGUCGCCCUCCGACUCGGUUAGCACAAGGGUAACCACACCGUCCCGCUCUCCGCCGCCAAUCCGACAACAUGGACCCAUUCUGCUACCCAAGAUCCGGUCCCAGGACCAGGCCAUUGACUCGCCCGCCAAGCGUGUCAGGACAUCAUCGCCUACUCCCACCCCAAAGCCUAGCCGCCGCCCAGGCUUCCGCCCUUCGCAUACCCGGAGCUAUACUAACCCGGAGACGUUACAUCACUUCUCAAACGCAUUCUUUACGUCCCAGGAGGACCAAAAUACCCUGUCUCAAUCACUUCUAUGCUCUCCCAUUACCUUCCCUCAGGAUAGCAUGAACCAGCCGCGCCGCGCCUCGGCUGUCAGCCUCGAUGGUGCUACGCUUGAGAAGUUUGGCUUUCCCACUUAUCGCCAAAUGCCAUCAUACGUCCCAGCUGUUCCCCAGCCCCAGAACGACCAGUUCUUCUACAGCUACGCGCCUCGCGCCCCUUCUCCAUUAAGCCUCUCUUCCACCCCCACGCCUGAUCCGACCCCAUCCACCACUCUCAUGAACUACCUCACGACAUCCAAUCCUGCUCCGUCUCUGGUGCGCACUAUCUCAUUCCCAAUGCGCGACCCUCAUACCAAGCAUUUCUGGUGGGACGUUCGCCAAAUCCGAUCCUGGACCAGCUUUAACUUGAGUACAAUACUCUCCCUUCCCGGAGCAUCUGGCCUCCUAAACUGCCCAGUCCCGCAGCCGCUUCUCCAGCAGCCCCCUACUGGUGCACGCCACCCCGAGACAGAGGCCGCACUUCACGCAAUCUACGCCUCUUACUACAUCCCUAAGCUUAACUCGGCUCUUGGGCUUUCUUCUCAGCGACCUGUCCAGCUCUCUGUUCCUUCGACCAAGGCUACCACAACUUCAUCUAAUGACCACGUCUUCGUGGCUAACAUUGCUGGCGAGUCUUCGACCGCAGCAGCAAUCUUCGGUGGCAAGCCUACAGCUCGCGUUGUUGGGCUAGUUAAAUCUUUCGACCGUUUUAACACGGGUAUGCGUGUUGAGGGCAACAUUAAGCGCGUCGAGUACCUGCGAGGUCUAGCCCACUUGCACCACGUGAUGCGCGAGCACGGUACGCGUUACGGUUUUAUCCUAACUGAAAUCGAGCUCGUCGUCUGCCGCAACGGUGCUGAGGGUACCCCGCAUUUUGGCUACCUAGAAGUCAGCAGCGUCCAGCUUGCUGCGACGGCCGACUCGGUUUCUGACGAGAGUGAUGAGAUACCCCUAACUGCCUGUCUCGCACUCUGGGGUCUGUGCAUCAUGGCUAGCGACGAUGGUGUCAAUUCCCACGGCCUAGGUCUUAACGGUCAAGUCACCUGGAAGGCAGAAAUAGGAGCUCCUGCUGAAGGCACGAGAAGAAAGGCGCUUCCAAGAGACGACUGGAUGCCCCAACCGCAGCUCGCAGAGAAGCGCGAAGCGAAACGCGCCAGGGGGUGGGUCUUCCCAGAGGAGCCCGUGGGCAGAAAAGAGCUCGGAAAGAGAGGCGUCCGGUAUGGUGGCUGUUAA